GAUCCGAGAUCUCUUCUAUCGUUCUGCUCUUCAGGAGCGCUCGUGUAUCGUGAGGCGUGUGAGUUCCACGGUGCUUUAUGGCCUUUAUGGCCACGUGGGCAACUUGCAAGAUUGUUCGUCCAUGUCAUGGCUACGAGCUCAAGUAGUGAUAUGGUGGCAAGGACAAGUACAGCUCGACAAAAUAUAGCCAGACAGGACGUUUCUACAGACAACCUUCUCUCAUACUAUUCAUCUCCCCUUGCAGACAAUCCAGCUUCAUCUCCGAUUCCCAUUUCACGCAAACCUUCAGUGGACUCCACUUCAGACUGUUCAAAUCUCUCAUACAAGUCAGAUUCAACUCCUAGCGAUUAUUCUAACAAAGAGGAGCCCACUACUAUCGCUUCUAGCUCGACGUCGGUUACUAGACGGCCAUCCAGAUCCUCCAAAGGUGCUACAGAUCGAAGAAGGCUGGCAAUAGUCCAGGUCCUGAAUUCUAGCUCGCAGUCAACGGGAAGCACUGCUGCAACCUCUUCUUCGUCGGGGUCGAUCGAUUCGCGCUCAAGAACAAGUGACAUGGCACUCGUUGCACCUCCCGACGCUGCCCCCGCGUCUUAUAUGACUGAGGGCAGCCUGAAAUCCACGUCUCCCGUUUCUCCGUACUCUUCAUCCCUACAAUCAUACACAGUCAGACCGAAACACGAAACAUCCCCAGCACUGCCAAAGCAACGUCAUCGUAGUCAAGGGCAUCAAAGAUCAGCGUCAGAAAUCUCGAAUGCCAAAAGAGACAUAGCCAUAAUCGGGACUCUGACUCCCGCUCAUUCAGCUUCCCGUCCAACGAUGUAUGUCCCAUCACUCGAUAACAUCCCACUGAAGACCUCAAAUAGGCCGGUUUUGGUGUCAGGAGAUGGUACACAGGCGUCAGAGAACGCAUUGCACCCCCCACCCUUAUUCCUUCAUCCACAAUCCAGGUCUCCAUCACCAGUAUGCUCUGUUAACUCCUUUUCAGGGAACUCAGAUUUUGUCACCACCCCUGACAUCGGUGAAGGAAAGCGGAUUGACAUGCCUGUCGCUAGUCCGAUUGUCGUCCUGACCAGUACUGAUGUGGUCUCACCCUCAAUUACCACAUCUUUUCUUUCAUCCCAUACCACGAAUUCGACAGCUCCCUCACGGAAUCCCGCCGACCCAACUCCAGCUUCUCCACAUUCCAGCUACACGGCCUCAAGUAACUCCACCGCUUUAACGACAGCUUCUACUAUAAUUCCACGUUCUGCACUCACAUCUCAAAAGCAGAAACCCCCCCCAUCAAUUGUAGUUGUCCCUCAGACCCCCAAUACCCCAAAAUCCCCUACUUUUGUGAGCCUAAACUCGCCUACGCCUUCCACAAAGACUGCGUCCGCGGUGAGAACGGCAACUUCAAGCUCAUUCUCACUGGACAAUCUAUCCACGUUUAGGAACUAUCAACCAGUUUUAGCCGGUUCCUCCGCGACUUUUAACUAAGUUUUACUCAAGGCGUGUGUUCUUACGCUUGCUUCCUUCCGAGCCAACCACGUCUACCUCCAUCUGUCCCAGAUCCGUAACGCCACUACCGCACACUUUCGUGUUUCAUUCCUGUCACUCCCAUCCAACGUCUUGUUUAACUCAUUCUUUCCUGGCUCUUUAUUCGCUUCUGGUCAUCUUCGCCACGGUAUAUCUUCCCCAAUCUGAUCCUCUCAACCGAAGCUUAUUUAUUGGAUUGGAAUCCCAUCAUUCAUCAAAUCUCCAUCGAUUUUAUCUUCGCAUCACAUCCACAUCAGUGCCACCCCUUAAAUAAGACAUUAGUCUUAUUUGAAGCCAUUACGUCUUAUUUUGGUUCUUCCCACCGACGUUCGAUUUUCACCAGCACAUACGCGGGGAUUACUGUGUCGUGGUGGCCAGCGGAACCGCAUCAUCAUCCACCAUACACACCACAACCAGGAGAGCAACCGGGCGCCUUUGCUGUGUUAUUGACUCCUCGAUUCUUUUUUAUACCUUUACGGGCCCUCUCUUUCUACAUAUACUCUCUACCCCUCAUGCUGCUGCACAUCGACCAACCUACUAACCCUCACUUUCCUCUUUUCCCAUUAGGCAUCCACUCAACUGCCGGUCCCUUACCACCGCCACCGCGCGCAUCGUUUAUGUUCGGUCCAACAGCAGCACCUCCGCCAAGACCACCGAGACAGGUUCGGUCACCUUCCCCGACCAAGUCUCCAACAAUCGCAAGCUCGUCAUCACCGACGAAGGGUGCACCCUCGGCAAGUACAUCGAGGAGCGGAGACCGAGGGAGAUCACCGAGAUCUCAGACGAAAGAGGUUAUGAUGGAGGCAUUGAAGUUACCACCGGAGGUUACUGCUGCGUUGAGUAGUCGGUUAGCUCCGGUUACCAAGGCGAAGAGCAAUGGGAGCUUGGGUAGAACGCCGUCGGGCGCGGAUGAAACGAGCCUGAAUAAUAGGUCGGACGAUGACAACAACUCGAACUUGGCCCCGACUUCGACUUCGACCGAGCCUCCGCCCGAAAUUGCAUCGGUGCAUACGCGGGAGGGAGCUUUUGCACCCUCGCAUAUCGUUUCACCUGCUACGACAACGACUUCAUCUACGACAACUCCGACACUAUCUAGGACCUCUGAUAUGACUGUACAAGUCUAUCCCACGACGACUUUGCAUACUUUGCCUGAACGAAUAAAAGUGGCUUCUUCCUCAAGCUAUGAGGAGUAUACCCUACGUGAAGAGGAUGAAGGGAGUGACUAUGAUACGUGUGAGCAGAAGGACGCUCGUCAUCACGAGCAGGAAAAUGUCGAUAUAUCACAACCCGUAAUCAAGCCUCCACCUAGAGGUCAGAGUUUGGCUGUAUUCAAUGCGACGGGAAUCGGUGGAUUACCAGCUUCUUCUGCUGAAGAUGACGAGUGGAUAUUGGCAGAUACCUUCGGUGGAGGUGGAGGUGGAGGUGGAGGAGCGAAGAAGUCAUUGGAAGUGGAAGGGAUGCCUACAACUCCCAAGACUCUCAGAAGGGAGAAGGCACCGAAACGACAUUCUUUCGAAUCUCACGCGUCUUCGAACGAGAGCGAGGGACCGAGUCCGCCACCAAAGACUUUCAGGACUUCAUUUACGAAGGGGUUGAAGAGACUGUCGUUGAACGCGUCUCCACGGAGGAGCGCCUCGGUUUCGUCCGGACAUUCAAGGACACCUAGUCAAAACAGUUCUACGCUACCAGCGUUACCUGAUGAGGCGAACCAUGACGGACGGCGGUCAUUCUCCCCUUCUCCUUCCCCUCAAUUCGACCCAAGGCCCCUAAGUCCAUUGAACCCAAAUGCUACGUCGCCCCCGUCCAAUCCUCCCUCCAAGGAUCCCUCCCCUAAUCCUUAUGCUUCCUAUAAUACUCGACCUCAUCCGCUCACCCACAAGCGGAUCAAGAACUCGUCCCCCGACGCACUGUUCUGCUCUGAGCUGUAUAGUGUGCCGAAGAAGAGUACCACGAGUGCUGAGCGAUGUGCGAUCUACGCAAGAAAACUCAACGAGCUCUAUUUGUACGACUGUGGAUUAGGCGAUUGGGUUGCUAGUGUAAGCAUCGGAAUAUCUCGAGGACCCGCUGCGCACGACGUUUCCAUGAUAUCUUUUACGGAUACCCCACGGAAGACGUCACAUGGGUCGACGAUAUCUGAAGCGACGUUUCCCAGACGUCCAGAUGCAUCCACUGCGACGGAUCUGAUGAUUCCUACGAUGAUAUCAAGUUCGUCCUCGAUGUCACCGGUAUCCUCUGCUCCUCGUCUGCCCUAUCCAUCAUUAGCGAUCAAGAGUACUUCAAACGAGAAGGGAGGAUUACUUGGGCACCUUGCGACACCAACGUCAAGUCGGGGCACGGGAGGAUUCUUCGCGAGUUUGGGGAGAAAAGCAAGUAUCAAUCGGCAUCGUGGAGGAUCUAGUGACAGUGGACACGGCGGUGGCAAGGCACGACUGACUAAACCCCCACCACAUAGUGCAUCUAUCAAUGGGAAUACAAUUUCGAGUCCCGUGUUGGUCGAUACUUCUCAGAGUAUACCAGGAGGACCUCGGGCGCUUCCCGGAAGAGCGAAAACGUUGAUGCUCAGUCCUAGCCCGAGCUCAAGUAAAGGUUUUGAUGCGGGUAGUGGAAGCGAAUCGGGAAGUGGGACUGUUGGACGACGACCGUCGAUGUAUAAUCUCUCGUCUUCCUCAGUGUCAGAUUCCAGUCAUCGACUGGCUGGGAGUGAAAGGAGGGACAAGGAGAGGGAAGAUGAUCCAGCCUUCGCUUCUCAGGUUAAUAGGCUCGCUGACCUGCUGCCGCAUGUGGAGAAGACUGUGUUGGCUGGGUAUCUCAGACGAGCUGGUCAGGACAUCCUGGCCAUCGGUCAGUACCUGGAUGACGAAAAGAACGGUUGCGUGAGGAGGGAAUGAAUCUUUUUGGCUUUUCUCCGUAUUCAAAAAAAGAACAAUUGCGGUGCUUUCGCAGGUUGCUUUGAUCCUUCUGUUUGUAGAAAGCUCCUAUGCUUCAGACCUACAUACUUCAUUUCUUCUUGAUUAACACAACCUACUUAUCCCUUCAUUUCUGCUCUUGUUGUAUCUCACCGCACAGACACAUAUGGUACCACUAUGCAUAAUGUUCAACAAUUAUUUCUUUUCCUUAUCUGUUAUUCUAUAUUUCAUGUUCGUCAUUAUACCGGAGGACUUCCAGAACAGAAUUCAAGUGUUAGUAUUUGUGUACUGGUA